AUGGUCGAAGAAGGAGGCUGGCAACGCGCCGGAGGCGAAAACUCAGAAGCCCCAGAGCCCGAUUUUGACGAUCCGGAAGGAUUCGUCGAUGACAUCUCCAACGAGGAACUUUUGCCCGAUUUGAUGGCCAAGGCUCCACGAGAAGCAGAUGGAAUCGAAAACGUCGUGAUUAUCGAUGGUAUUCCAAAGACGGAGAAAGUCGCCAAGUUGAAAGAAAAACUUCAUGGAAUUUGGAAGAAACUCGCUGGAGAGCCGAUUUAUGAAGAGUUUCCCACUGAAAUGGCGCCGCAAAAGAAAACUGGAGAAAUGAUGGAGCAUACGAAGGGCUACUGCUUCUUGGAAUUCGAAGACGAGGAAACAGCUCUGCGCGCGAUGGAGAACCUGCACAAGUACGCCUUUGACAAAAAGCAUAUUUUCUGCGCGAAUUUGUUCACCGACUUCGAGAAGUUCGAAAGCACGCCCACCGAGUGGCAAGAACCGACCAGGAAGGAGCACGAGGACUUGGGCAAUCUCAUGCAACACAUGGAAGAGCCGGACGCCUUCGAUCAAUUCGUCGUCACUUACGCGGACGGAAAACAGACGGAAUCGUACCUCAACCGACGCCCGGAGAUCGAGUUGAUUCACUCCCGAAAAUCCUGGACCAACCGGGGCGUCGAUUUCUCACCAACUGGCAAGUUUAUCGCCACUUACCACGACCAGGGUAUCGCUCUUUGGGUGUACACGCCACAAUUCGCCGGAGCAUCGUCGAAAUCCCGAGGCAUUUGGUCCCGCUCGCAUCGAUUCAAGCACGACCAAGUCGACAACAUGGCCUUUUCACCUGACGAGCGUUACAUUUGCACCGGCAACGGAGCGCGCGGAGAGGGCCACUCGACUGUGAUCAUCCACGACGUCUGGAGCCAGAGCGAGAAGCGAAAGUUCACCGUCCAGACCGGCGAGAGCGGCCACAUGGAAUGGCCCCAUCUCAAGUGGAGCAGCGACUCGCGAUAUUUUGCAAGGCAGACGGCAGAUACCAUCUCCGUCUACGAAGUGCCCAACUGUGGCCUCCUCGACAAGCGCAGCAUCAAGUGCCCAGAAGUGCGAGGCUUCAGCUGGUCCCCUAAGGACAACCUCAUCGCUUACUGGCUGCCAGAGCAGGGCGAGGCCCCAGCUCGUGUGACCAUUAUCAGCAUCCCCCGCCGCAACGAAAUCCGAGUCAAGAACCUCUACAACGUCCACAACAUCGAAAUGGCCUGGCAAGAUCAGGGCAAGUACUUGGCCGUGCGAGUGGACCGACCAGUCAAGGGCAAAAAGAGCAGCACCGUCUCUUCCUUCGAGAUCUUCCACAUCAAGGAGAAAGAAGUGCCCGUGGACACGAUCGAGGUCAAGGACUGCGUCACGCGUUUCAUGUGGGAGCCAAAAGGCAACAAGUUGUGCACGCUUCAUGGCGAGCCUCAGCGCGUUUCCUGCACCAUCUACAACGUCACUCAAGGCGGCAAGGUUGCUCCUUUGGUGACCAUUCCUGACCUGCGCUCCAUCGACUGUAUCUUCUGGUCGCCCGCCGGUCAAUACUGCGUCCUCGCACAGCUCCUCAACUUGCAGCAGAACAAGUUCCAACAGGGCGCUGGCUGCAUGAUGUUCCUCGACACUGGUGUCAACUCUUCCAACCCAGCCGACUACAAGCUCGUUGCUACCGAGCAUCCGUACGCAACGGACGUCGAGUGGGACCCAACCGGUCGCUUUGUCUGCACCUACGUCUCCGCGUGGAUCCGGCCGAACGACAACGAGUACCAGAUCUGGUCUUUCCUCGGCCGACGAAUUCGCAAAGAAUCGUCACUCAACCGCCUUGUCCAGUUCGUCUGGCGGCCGCGAAUGCCGACCCUGCUCUCGGACAAGGAACUCAAGAAGGUCAAGAAGGAGAUGAAACACUACUCGCGCCAGUUCGAGAUCAAGGACCGCGCCUUCUUCUCGAACCAGAACAAGGAAGAAGUCGAGAAGCGCCGCGUCAUGAUCGAGCAAUUCAAGGCCUUCCACAACAUGCGUCUCCGCGAGUUCAACACGCCCGAAGCUAUCGCCACCCGAAAAGCGCUCCGCGACGGCCUCGACCAGGACGAGAACCACGCCGACGACACCGAGGUUGAAACCGUCUUCGAGCGACUCAUCAAGGAAGAAGAGACCGUCGUCGAUCCCUCUUCUAUUUAG